CCAGCAUGCCCCCUGCGGACCCUCACUCAAGCCGCAUGUGCGUAUGGGUCUGCCUGGGUUCUAGGGAGCAUGUGAAUCCUGGCCGGCCCUAGAUACCAAAACAGUAGAGGAGUGCAAGGACUCUCUGACAAUAGGGAAGCCCUUCCAGACAUGGCACAGCGCUACUGAGGGCCUCUGCAGGCCAGAACACAAAAACCAAGAGACCCAAAAGAGGACAAUGGUUGUGGAGGAGGUGAUGAUAACCCUGUCUGGGGGUGCGCCGUGGGGCUUCAGGCUGCAGGGCGGUGCCGAGCAGAAGAAGCCACUCCAGGUGGCUAAGGUGCGCAAACGCAGCAAAGCGUGCCGGGCAGGACUCCGGGAGGGCGACGAGUUGGUGUCAAUCAACGAGGAGACCUGUGCAGGCUUGUCCCAUGCUCAGGCCAUGAACCUGAUUGACAGCUCACCAGGGACACUGCUCAUUCGUGUCAAGAGAGCACCAGUGGGGUUCCAAUCUGUGGUCCUGCUCACCCGGGCUCCGUCCCCAAGGAUUGACAAAGAGUACCGGGCCACCCUGAGAGCCAUGUCCCCCAAAUCUCCCCAGACGACAGCCAGGGAGGUACGCCGGGGAGCACCCGUGGUAGGGAGUGAGGAACGAGUCAGGCGGGAGUGCCUAACAUCCCCGCAGGGCAGUGAGGCCUACUAUGGUGAAACAGACAGCGAUGCCGAUGUCACGCAUGAGAAGCAGCGGCGUCCGAAGCGUCGCAGUCCCAGCACCACGCCGGCGAAGCCCACCGGGAGGGCUACUCCUGAGGAGACGUCCGAGAUGAGUGGAUAUGACAGUGCACCUGACGCCCGUACCUAUUCUACCACCCAGGGGCAUGGUUCGACUGACGCUACGGCAGGUCAACUGGGCAACCCCACUGGAGUGGCACGCAGGGAGGUGAUCUACCAUCCCCCGCCUGGGGGGUGGUCCUCCCAGACAGAAACCUCUGCAGAGAACUCCUCUGUGAGCACAGAUGACCAGAACCCACGUGAAGGAGCCACAGAGGUGGACAGCGGCUUCCAGGAGCCCUCCAGCCUGCCGCCACUGGUGUCCCCUGAGCGGGCCCGGGGAGCCCUCCAGUUGGCAUCUAGAAAGCAGCUGGUACCCAUGGUGGGACCAGUAGAGAACCCUGUGGAUGAAGAGCUCACUGUCACCUACAUGGACAAGGCCAAACAAGCCAAGCUGCACCGGGGGGACACAGUGCAGGACAAGCAGGUGAAGGAGGCCCGCACUAAAUGUCGUACAAUUGCCUCGUUGCUCACGGAUGCUCCCAACCCCCACUCCAAAGGCGUACUCAUGUUCAAGAAGCGAAGGCAGCGCUCCAAGAAAUACACCCUCACCAGCUUCGGCAGUGUGGAAGAGGACGCUUUGCAAGACUCGCACGAGGAUGAUGGCCUCCUCCCCGGCAGCGAGUCUGAGUUUGACGAGGAUGGCUUUGCUGCGGUCCCCGAUCCCACCUGGGAUAGCGACUACCUGGAGGUCCUGGAGAAGAGGAGCGCAGCAGUGCAGCCACCAGCUGAGUCUGAGAAUGGCGAGGGCCCGGGGCUGACGGCCACCUCAGGCAAAGGAGCUCGCCUCUUUGAGCAGCAGAGGAAGAGGGUGGUGGAGCACAUGAGGAAGAUGGCCGCACAAAAGCAACAGCACCCUGCCCUCCCGGAACCCAGAGCGCAGCCCUGCCCGGAAAAGCCUCCAUUGUCACAGCCCCUGCUGCAGGAGUCACACAUCCCUCCUCCUGUCCCACCUCCCAGCCUCAGCAUCCCAAACGUAGAACCUGUGGUCCUGAGCACAGCCAGCGUGGUGAUGUCACUGCCCCCUGUGAGAAGCCAGCCAGCCGAGCCUCACCCAGCCCUGCUCCCGCGCCCAGUCUCCAGCCAGCUACCCGUCCUGCCUCCCAGCUCUGUGGUAAAUAGAACUGCACGCCCCUUUGCCCCCGGCUUUAUCAGCCACCGGGCUGCCACGGCUCCCGUGGUCUUCCGCCCACAUGUCACCAAGAAGACGAAGCCUGCGAUGGCAGCUGAGGUCAUGCAGACGUCUUUCUGCGCAGCCUCAACGGAGGCAAAGCCUUCCAUCUCCAUUGCUUCCUCCGAGAUGUCAGGCCAAGAGGACCCUGUCAGUGGCUCUCCAUCAGUCCUCUCACCUCCUUUCUCCCCCCCGCUCACACCUGCUCCCACCCAUUCUCCUGGAACGCCCUCCUCGGGUGCAAACCAGCAGCCGCCUCCUCUCGUGUCCUCCACCGUAUGGGAAGUUGUGCCCUCCGCUCCUCCAGCUCCACUUCCGAGUUCCGGUUCUUCCACAGUAGCCCCGGUCUCCCAUGAGCAGAGGACCUCUGCGCCCCAAGCACGCACUGGCAUCCUGCAGGAGGCACUACGCCGUGGCAGCAAAAAGCCAAUGUUUAGCAUUUACGAAGACAAGAAGGGUGCCACCCCAAACCCAGAGCUGCUGUCUCUGGUGCAAGACCUGGACGAGAAGCCUAAGGUAGGGCUUUGGUCAAGCCAUGAAGAGGACAUCUUCAACCAGGAGACAGAGGCCUGCAACUUCCUGCAAGGUCAGAAGCCUAAAGUCCCACCGCCGGUGGCACCCAAGCCACGUGUGAUCCCAGAGACCCCUCACAUCCCCCCGAUGGAGGGCAAAGGUGCUGAGCUGUUUGCCCGAAGGCAGAGCCGAAUGGACAGGUACGUGGUGGACAGCAGCGGAGAACAGUCAGCUGAGCCACCGUCACCUGUGCGGCUGCAUCAGCUCUCUCCCACCCCAUCCCUCCCGGCGCACUGGAAAUAUUCACCUAACAUCCGCGCUCCCCCACCUAUCAGCUACAACCCCCUGCUGUCCCCAUCGUGCCCCCCUGGAGCACAGCGCAGCAGGGUGUCCGAAACCCAGCGAGGGGCUCAGAAGGGUGGCCUGCACAAGGAGGGGAUCCCGGCUCUGGAUUUCAUAAGGAGGCAGCCUUACCAACUCAAUCCGGCCAUGUUCACUGGCACCAGCGGCCAAUCAAAGGUCAACCAGUCCCAGAUGCAGCACCAGAGCAGUUACAUGAUGGGCAGCUCCCUGAUCCCACCCAGGCAGGUUCCCGUGAAAUACGGUCGCGUCCACGAGAUCAGGCGCUUCUCGACGCCCACACCAAUGUCAGCACCCACCUCGCUCGUGCCCACCGUCAUCGCGCCGCGCGCCGCCACCACGCUCGGCGACCCCCUGCUGCGUUCCGACGCCACGUCCCCGACCCCCGCUCAGCAGCGUCCCCCCACCAUACGCUCCCCACCGCCCGGCCCCACGGCAGCCCUGCCCGAGCUGCCCAGAAUAAGCAGCGCCCCCGUACCCAGCAGGGUCCACGCCUCGGGCCCGGUGCCUUUUCCAGGCCCGGCCUACACGGGCCUGCAUGUAUCCAAGCUGUUCCAGAGUGCUCCCGAGCUAAGCCCAUUGCCGCCUUCACCUCAGCGGUCAGCUGCGCUUCAAGCCCCCAAGCCGCGCUUUGUGGCCUCCAGGAGGGGGGUCCACGCCAGCGUGUGGAGGCCCGGCUACAUGCAACCCUGAAGGGAAUACUCUCUUGCUACCGCCACGCUGUUUCGCACCUGUCUCCCACCCCGAAACCGCCCCUUGUGAAAUGCUGAAUAAAUCUGCAGAGCUAAAAAUUCAUGUCAUAAAUAUGAAACUCAAACAAACUCUUUAAGCUUGCCUGCUCACAACAGUAUAAAGUAGUGUACAAAUAAUCGUUCCUCCAAAUAAACGAUAUUCAGAUUAAUUUGCGUAGACUAAAAAGUUAUUUUUCCAGUGCUGAGAAAUGCAUUUAUAGAUCGUUUCGACGCUUUUUUAUCCACUUUCACGAAGACCUGGACAGACAGAUUUGCGUAUACCUUCCGAUGCCGCGCUGAAGGUGCACGAUGAGCGAAACACGAUGGAGCAGUGAUCACCGCUUACUUUUUUCACAGGAAAGAAAUCGGGGACCUGGAAUGAUGUGUGCGAUGUUGUCUCAUUUUAUUUUCGCAAGAAUGACCCUCAGCCCCUCCUAAAAUCAGUUGUACCCAGCCUUGUCUGUCCUCGGGGACUUCUUUCGCAAUAGCGGGUAGAGACAUCGUAUCCAAUACCAUUUGACAAAAGGAUUUAAACUAGAAAGCAGUAAAAUAAUCCUUUCAAAUGCAGGUGCGCAGGGCAAUCAUGUUAAGUUAAAUGCUAUUUACAAUAUGUGUCAGCUGGAUAUGAGAGCCUCUUAGGAAACAUGAGGCAGCUAAUGGGGCUUGAACAAAGUGUGAUGGUCGGUGACUGAACUGGUGGUGCAUCUAUCACGAUAGAUACACGCACAUUGACUGAAACCGCUUGUCCCAAGCGAGGUCGCAGCGAGCCGGAGCCUAACCCGGCAAC